AACUCGAUUAAUCGAGAAGUAAUCGGACAUCACUAUUUGUGUCUCGACGACGUCAAUAGAUUUUUUAAAACUUCGUUUUAUGGGUGGUACAAAUUUUGCCAAAAAAAGUGAUACAGUAAUUAGUAAACUUGUAGAAUACCGCUUGCGAAUAAGUGUUUUACAAGUAGGCACCAUUUGUGUUAAUACGCUUGAAAGCUACUCUUAGCAAAAUGCCUCGCGUCAACUUUACCCGAACGGAUCGGAUAGCGCAGAUGUCUCAACAAGAACAGCUCAUCGCACAGAAAAGGCAACAAAUUUUGGAAAAACAACGUACACUGCAAAUGGCUAAGCAGAUAGUUGCUGAGGCCAGUAAAAAUAAUGCAAGUGUUGAUGAGAAUGAGACGGAUAAGUCGAAUGCAUUGAAAAUUCCAUUUAACAAUGAUGGAUCGUUCUUGGAGAACUUUAAAAAGUUAAGUGAAAAGUUUGCUAAAACUAACGAGGAUCAAAAUAAACGAGCGGCAGAGGAUGAGCCUUCCAAUAGCGAGAAAAAGAUGAAAACUGAAGAACCAGUGCAAAUUCCAAUUCUUCCACCACCUCCACCACCUGCACCACCUGCUCCACCCACAAUGCCAACUGUUCCUGCGGAAUUAGUAUAUGCUUCUUACUACAACAUGUCGCAUCCUCCGCCAAUGAUGGCACUAUUGCAACCUGCCCCGCUGCCACCCCCUAUCCCUGAAAUCGUAACUGAGGCACCCGUACGAACUGAAGAAGCACAAGAAAUGCCACGAGAUAUGAGUUCUCUACAGCCACAGGUUCAAAUACAACAGCCAACAUUAGAACAGGUUCCUGAAGUGGGCGCCAAUUGUAAAGUAUUUUCAGAGAAUGAUAAAUUACCAACGACAGUUGAAGAGUUAGUAGAAUUGGUUGCCGAUAUCGGUGAUGUUUAUGAAGAAAAAUUAAGUUCACGUAAAAAUGAAUUGCAUCCAUCGCUUUGGUUCUUGUUUGACAGACAGUCAGAGGCUUACAGAAAUUAUCGACAUAUGAUUGUAGCAAGGUUAUUCAAGACUGCUGGAAUUGAGCACGCUUUACCACCACCACCGCAACCAUUCCGUUGUACGGAACCGUCAGCUGCCGUAACUGCCCCGACAGAUGACUCCAAGUAUGAUCCAGAGGACGUUCUGGACGACACCAACAUUGACGAUGACGCUCAAGCUCUAGUUCUAGAAGAGCAAGCGGCAAAUGAUGAGCCGAUUCAAAUGCAGCCUAAUUACUAUGGUGACGAGAAGCAUUUUUAUGAUGAUAAAUCUACGACAGAAACCGAUUCCGACACGGAAUUUGUACGAGAAGCUCGUAAACGUAAUUUGAAAAACUUGAAACGGAAAACUAUGAACGCUGGUAACGUGCGAGAAGAUACGUCAACCGAUACGGAUGAUGAUUUUGGUGAGUCCUCAGAGGGUAAACAGGACUCGCAUAGUGAAAAGGCGGGUAAUUCAAGUGGUGGUGGUGGAAAAAUUGCUCGACAGAAACAUAGAAAAAAAUCACGCUGGGGUGAUCAGAUGGAAAGUGCGGAUGGCCCAGAUUUUGCAGGGGAUGAUAAAGGAUCAGCGGAUGGGUCGCAUAACAGCACUACAGCCAAUUCUGAACUACCUUCUAGCUCUUAUGGUAGCGUUCCACCUCAGCAGCAUCCAAACUCUCGAUUAAAUCCAGGUUUGUUGCAAUUUGUUUUUCAAUGUUUCGGUACUGUGGAUGUUAGUCCUGAAAGUUGGAAGCAAGCAGAGGAGCAUUUUAGAAUUCGUUUAUUGUACGAGGAUAUGUCUAGUAAGAUUCAGUUACAUGAACGAUUCGCUAGCAAUCAAUUGAUGAGUAACGGCGGUAGCGAACAAUUAGAUACCGAACAGGAUCAUAUUCUAAAUGCAGACAAAAUGAAUGCUGUUCUAUUAUGGAUAAACGAGAUAACAAAAUUGUAUGAGCGUUCUGGUUCUGCGAGUUUGGAGUCGUUUUUGAUGCGGGAUGAAUAUGAAAGCUUCAUGUGUAAAUUUCGAAAGCUUUCUGACGGCCAACCAACUUUCGAAGAUUAUAAAAAAAUAAAACUAGAACAAGCGAAAAUAGUUUCAACUAAUUCUCGUGGAGAAUAUAGCUCAACGGAUUCGGAGUUCGCAGGAAAUAAAACUAAGCCAGAAACAUUCGAUGAGCCAAAUCAGGCAGGUUCCACCGUAAACGACAAUGAGUCAAAUGCUAAACGUCGCAAAAGCCGCUGGGGUGAUCAGGUUGCUAUACAAGCCGUUUCAAACUCAACGCCUAAUUGUGCUACACCCUCACAAGCAUCUGGUCCUUCGUCAUCACAUUAUCAACCAGCUAAAUUGAGCACUUUGGGUCGCAGUGACCCGGCUUUGUUAGCUUACGUUCGUCAGAAUUUCGGUACAACCAAUCUCUCGGAAGAAGACUGGCGGAAGGCGGAAGAUCAUUACAAAAUUAAUUUGCUCUACCAGGACAUGCUGCGGAAACGGCAAGAAAUUGACCGUUUGGCUGCAAGUGGAAAGUUCAAGUAUGAGUACGAUUCGGACGAGGACACGACUGGAGGGACCUGGGAGCAUAAACUUCGUUCGCAAGAAAUGGAAGCCACACAACUUUGGGCUAACGAGCUCACGAAGAAGUCGGAAGGAAAGCAUCAUAUUGGUGAUUUUUUGCCGCCUGAAGAGUUGCGCAAAUUCAUGGAAAAAUACGACGCACAAAAGAACAAUCGGCAGCCCAAUUUAAGUGAUUACAAAGAGUACAAGCUCAAGGAAGAUAACGUGGGAUUCCAAAUGCUGCAAAAAUUAGGCUGGAAGGAAGGUCAAGGGCUAGGAGCUGAUGGCAGUGGUAUCGUUGAUCCGAUUAACAAAGCAUCGCAGCGUGAUAAUAACCAAGGGUUGGGUGUUACACCGACAGACAAUCCAGAGGUAGACGAUAACGAGUACGAUGCAUAUCGUAAGCGUAUGAUGCUUGCAUACCGAUUUCGACCAAAUCCACUGAAUAAUCCCCGCAGGGCAUAUUAUUGAAUUUCAUCAAUAUACACACGAUUACACCUGCGAGACUGGUGUACUACUGAUGCUGAUCGGCAAUAAUCUGCGGCAUAAAAGGUGACGGUAGCAGCGUACGCAAAUUGAGUUACUCUGAAUUGUUCCUGGCGAGGGAAAUGCGUCAACCUGUCGAAUAUAUUUUGAAUGAGCGAAGCAUUUGGCAUUCGUGGGGGUCGUUAACCGUUUAUUUUCAAAUAUGAUUUUGCCGCAGAUAAUUGAUUUGAUUCUACCAGCAUUGCCUUUGCUGGCGUAACGACGCAUUAAAUACUAUUAAUAUCUGAUAAAUAGUUAGUUGGAAUAAACGUUUAAAAGAACCAACAUAAA